AUGAAUACAGAUAAAUUAUUUUUAUUAGUAUGGAGAAAUUUAUAUUUAAGAUCAUUAAUAUUUCAAAAAAUUAAAGAUCAUAAUGAAUAUAUUAAGAGUUUAAGGUUUAGGAGUGCAGAAUUUAACGAUAUUCAAGAAAUAGCAGUGUAUCCAUACAGAAACUAUUUAAAAAAAGUCAGCAUUUUAUUUGCAAAUAAAAUACAAAUCAAUGUUGAUCUGGAAACAAUUAUUCCAAGAAAUGUCGAAUGGUUAACUCUACAUCAAAGAACUAUUGAAUUUAAAAUUCCACAUUGGAUCAAAUCGUUAACAAUACCAAAUCCCGUGACACCAAUGCCUAUAAUACUUUCCAAUAUUUCAAGUUUAGAAACACUUAAAAUUAGUCGAGAAAAAACAGUAGCUUCCAAAAUUACAGGUUCAAUGGAUAAUCUCAAAGCUGGUGAUUUACCAAACACAUUAAAAAAACUAGAGGUUGGAUUGAAUCAUUUUCAUAUAAAAGAUGAUUUACCAAAUGGUUUGGAAACUCUAAUAUUGGGAUAUUGUAACGGAUUUAGAAUUGGCACUUUACCAUCCAGUUUAAAGGAGCUUUAUAUUAACACCACAGUUACAAUGUUACCUGUUGGCUACAAUACCAAAUAUUUAUCAACACCAGGUUCUCUACCAAAUAGCAUUCACUCUUUAAAAAUAGCAAAUUAUGGUCAAACCAAUAUCAUUUAUCCAGAAUCACUUAGAAAUAAUUACUAA